UGUAGAAGCGCCCCCCAGCAUGUUAGUAAAGAUACAUACUUUCAAACAGGCCAGUUCCACCCGCACAAAUCCGGCCACAGGACUGAAUCCCUUUUGCUGCCCCAAACCCACAGACCCCUUCUCUUCAUACGCCAGUGAGCAGGCCAAAGCUGAACAAGAGGAACCUGACCCAGUCAGCUGUAGCCUGCAGAGUACAGAGGGACCAACCAGUCACAUCAUGAUUGAAGCUGACCGAGAGCUAUCAGCCAUGGUGCAGGAAAUAUGGGAUAAAGACGUCAACAGACUGAAACCAGGGACAGACUACCGGAUCUCUCUGCAGGGGAAAGCUGGGCCUGUGAAUGCUGACAUGAAUGAUGACAUGAAUGACGACAAUGAUGGAGCCGGAUAUCCUCUGUUCUCGUUUGUCGAUGAACGCAUUUUCAAAAAGGAGUCUUUCUUAGCCUUUAUCUCUCUACUGGAUAACUAUGAAAGUGAUACGGGUGAGCCUGAGAUUGUAACCCCAGAGGAGGAAGCAGAAAACCACAAGUUUCUGGACUGCAUGCUUCGAACGCCCACCAUGAAGAUUGCACAUAAGUACCUAGUAGAGAAACAGCUCUCCCCAGAGGGAUUACCGGAAUUCAAGAAUCAGCUCUACCGUAUCUGGUUUGAGCUGUACGCCAGACGAGGAGCUAGCAAGCCAGACUCCUCAGGAUUUGAGCAUGUCUUUGUCGGAGAGACCAGAGGGGGCCGCACAGUCAUCGGCUUUCACAACUGGAUCCAGUUGUAUUUGCAAGAGAAGCUGGGACACAUUGAUUACAAAGGCUACAGUGUGAACGCAAAUUCCCCCCAGCCUGACGAGAACAAGCACAUCCUGGCGCUACAGUUCAGUUGGAAGAAUGGAAUAAAACCCAAAGGCAGCAUCUUCGUUGGCGUCAGUCCUGAAUUUGAGUUUGCCCUUUACACCCUGUGUUUCCUGGUCUCACCCAAUGAGCGUGUCAAAGUGUUCUUCAGUAUCUAUGAGGUGGACAUUGUCUGCCACCACUACAACCAGAAGCAUAUCGGUACAACUUACCCUGUUCUUGUGAAAUAUCAAAAUGAACAAAAAAUAAAUAAACACUAAUCAGACAGGACUCAAAUGCACUCUCACCCAAGUGUCAUGAGUGUUGUUUUUGUCUUUUUAUUUUAAAUAAAGAUACAAUACA